AGGAUCCUCGAGCGAGGGCGACAGCAGCAGCACUGCAGCAGAGUACGAAGGCGACGUCCGGACGAAAGGAAAAUUGGAUGAUAUUCUCCAAUCUUCAUAUUAGUCUUGUGCGACAAUGUCUCACUUCAGGGCCGUCGAGCAGAGGAUAAAAGAGGAAGCAGAUGCCCGGCUGUCAUGGCCGUCUUCUUCCUCGGCAGCACCAAGAUUCCUCAGUCUCAUAGCAACUCGGCCUCAAGGCACUCUCGCAAAAGAUCUCCUUCCGAGCAGUCUCUCGACAAGAUUCCGCCGGAUCAACAGCCACCGCCUGAAAAGCCUGAGCUUCGCCAGAGACCAUCGCUCAAGUUCAUCCACGUCCGAAGUUUGGGAUCACCGUCUUCUUCACGACCGUCUUCUCCUAAUCGUCCGACUUCUCCCCGUCCACCGUCUUCGCUCUCGCAGUCUUCUCGCCCGUCGUCUCCUCGUCCUUCAUCUCCUCGUCCUGCCACCCCGCCUCUACCCCCUCCACGUCCUCGAUCAACCACCGCCGCAACCAUGUCUUCGCCAACCAAGAACUCGGUUCCCCCGACUACCACCACCACCUCUAACCCGUCUACCACUUCCACCAGCUCCAGCAACCCCCUCAGCUCCAGCACGAGCAACAGCAGCUACCCUAACAACUCCCUCAGCAACAACAAUCCCAACACGUCCCUCAACAACACUAACAACAACAAGUCCAUCAACAACAACAACACCAACAACCAGAACAGCGGCUUCGGUAACUCUCUCCCCAUGCCCGGUCUCUCCGGCCCCGCCAACGGACCCAUCGGAAACCUCCUCAAGGGUCCCGUUGACGACAACGGCAAGCUCAAGGACGCCGGCCUCAUGGUCGGUAUCAAGCUUGACCUUGAGGCCGAAGUUCACCUCACGGCUCGGGUCAGAGGUGACAUCCUCGUUGGCCUAUACUAGGCUCGCGCGCAAACAAGAGACCAAGAUUGGCGACCUCCAGGUCGAGGUCGAGGUCGUGUGCGAAAUCAUCAGGAUGAAAUGCCUGAGCGGGGACGGCGAUUAUAUAUCGGUGUGUAUCGAGAGAUUAGUAUGGAAUUUUCGGGUCGCUGGGCCAAAAGGGCGCGUCGGCGGUAGCUUGACUAUAACUGCAAUAAACCUCGAUUGAAAACUCAUAAUGUUUUACGCUGGUGAUGAUACGGUGAGCCUGUUUUGAAUGCGACUUUGUAGACCAUCUCGAUAACAGACUUUGAUGCAGUGGUGCCAAAGCAUCCAGUGUAGCAAUUGCAGGCCAAGGUGUUGAGUGACCGUCGACCCAGGUCUUGGCUGUUCAAAAGAGAUAACUUAACUUAACCAGCAGACCUCAAGCAUACAGUCUCAAAAGAAUUCCAAAACGUGGUUAAAGAACUGAUAAGCGUGCACAUUGAGAAGUGUCAGCUGAUGUUAAGUAGACGUUCUUCUGG